AAACCACCUCUUCUGCAACCACAAAAAAACGGGCGCUGAAGCUACCAGAGAUUGGAAAAAGAAAAUGAAAAUUAACAAUCCUGAAAAAUAUGAUGCCUAUCUGGAAAAUUGCAGACAAUCUAGUAAAGCCUACCGUCAGAAUACUUCUGAAGAAAGACGCAUUCUACAAAGAGAACAAACAAAAUUGAGAAUGCGGGCAAUGCGUGAAAGAAAGAAAUUAGCAGAGGAACAGCAACAAAAGCCCAGGCAGACCAGGGCAGCUCAGGAUGAACAGCGGGAAAAAUGGAGAAAGCAAAAACAAGAGUGGUGGGGAAAGAAAACGGAAAGGGAAAAGAAACAGAAAAAACGGAGGAUAAAUGAAGUCCGCCGUGAGAGAUAUAAGGAGAAGAAAGAAGCAACUCUAAUUAGCAAGACUCCUCUUAAGGUAGCUCUUUUUAAACCGACAGAAUGUGAGGCAUAUACCACAUUAGAGGAUAACAGGACGCCUGCUGCGAAGAGAAAAGCGUUGUCAAGGGCAGAGAGUUUAUUUCCUUCCAGCCCAAAAAAAUUUGUGAGAAAGCUCAACGAUGUGAUAUUAUCAGCAACACCAAGGAAACGGGCACUUUUUAGCUUUAGCUCAAAGCUGAAAACCGCUGAGAAGUUUAAAAAUCAACUUGGCAAUCAACUGCUGAAAGACUUGCAAACUUUAUCAAGAAAGCGCACAAAAGCCAAUCAGGUUAGGCGCAAUGUUUUGAUAUCGGUGUGCCAUAAAUACCGUUCCAUUCGUACAAGCAGCAGACUUCUUGGCGUGCACCGGAAGACUGGCCAAAAUAAUGAAUAUAGGCAGCCUGUCACCAAGAAGGAAAAAGCAGAAGAAACUGGAGAGAGAAACAGCUGCUUUCUUUGAAGAAGUUUCCUGUCCUCUGCCAGAAAAAAAGCUGGUUUCUAAGAAAACUGGCAAGUGUGCAUCUGUUCUGUCUAUGCCACUAACAGACUUGCAUACCAAGUUCGUGGAAGAGAGUGGCAAAAACAUAAGUUUUUCUCAUUUUGCCAAGUGUCGGCCCUCCAAUGUGCGACCCAUGCGACAGGCUACAUUGAGACAAUGCUUGUGCGAAUAUUGCACAAAUGUGGAACUCAAGCUUCACACCAUCAACAAACUUGCCAUUAGAGUGGACAACAAUUGUCGUGUUCGGCAUGUGUACCAUGCAGUGGAUAUAAUCACAUGUGACAGAGAAAACGGGGCAUGGCAAAAAGUGUGUGCAUACAGGGAGUGCAGCACCUGCAGCAUUGACAAGUUAGAUGACCACCUGCAGCCACUUCUCCGUCACCAGGGUCAGCUGCCAUGGACUAAGUGGGAGUGUCAAGCUAAUAUUGUCAACGGAAAAAGGGUAACGCGGAAGAUGUUGAUGAAAAAGCAGGGGACAAUGGAGGAACUAAUGGUAGAACUGAGGGCAGAGGUCACCUUCCUUGCUGGCCACCUCUUCAGAGCUGAUUGGCAGCAUCGUCAGUUUGAAUCGAUGAGAAAAACAACACCCUUUCCGCGAACCACGGUUAGCAUGGUUCUCGACUUUGCAGAGAACUUUACUUGCUCAAACCAGGAUGAAGUCCAAGCAGCACACUGGUAUCAUGAGCAAGUAACAGUUCAUCCCAUAGUCACGUACUAUGUCUGCCCGUUCUGCGAGGAGACCAUCUCCGAGUCCCUGGUGUUCAUAAGCGACGAUAGACACCACGACUUCAAUGCAGUCUUCCACUUCACCAAAGUCGCCAUUGACCAUCUAAGGAAUACCCGGGGAUUGGAGCUGGACCACAUCAUCCAAUGGACGGAUGGCUGUGCGAGCCAAUAUAAAUCGAAGGGCCCUUUUUCGGACAUCUCUUGUGCUCUCGCAGACUUUGGUUGUACGUUCGAACAAAAUUAUUUUGGAUCGCGCCAUGGCAAAGGGCCUUCUGAUGGAGAAAGUGCCGUGGUGAAACACCACGCAGCCACCGCCGUCAAAGCUGGUUCACACUUGAUCACCAAUGCGAAUGAUCUUUUUAAUUACUGUUUUGCAAGUUCGCUGAACAAACAGCCAGAAGGUGGAUGUAAGCAUUUUUAAAGAUCUUUCUUCUGGGUGCCAAGCAGCGAUAUUAGGAGAGACAGGAACCGGCCAGUAAAGACAUUGAAGGGGACCCGUUCCCUCCACUGUGUUAAGUGUGUGGAGCACAAAGUAGUAAUCACGCGUCAUCUUUCGUGCUUCUGUGUCCCUUGUCAGUCUGAUUUGGGUUUAUGCCUGAACACACAUACAACUGGACCGCUGGAGACUCAUACUCUUCAGACUGCUGCUGUUCCAAGCCAAGCUGCAACUACAAACAGAACUCCCAGUGAAACUGAAGUAGU